AUGAAAUCGAGAUCACGAAUAUCUCAAGAGAAACAAAUCGAUGGUACACUAGACAAUCUUAAACUCAAUGAUAAUCUAUCAUCAAUAUUCGAUGUUCAUAUUGGCACAUGGAUUGCUGGACUUCUAUCACUAUUAUCAUUAGCAGCCGCUAUUUCAUGGCCGUAUGUGAAAUUGAGCCGAAAUUUUUCAUCACAUUUACUAGAAAUGAAAAAUGUAAAUGAUUAUUUCAUAAUUAAUUUUUUUGUAUUUUGUUCUUAUACAUUCCAAUAUGUGAUGACAGCUGGUGUUCUUGAAUAUACCAAUCCAAAAGGAUUUGCGUCGAAAAAAUUGACCGAUGAAGAUCGAGAACGAAGAAAACGGCAAAUAAGAAAAGAAUUGGGUUUAGGAAUUAUAGCCAUGUUAAUUAAUACGACGUAUGCUGUAACGUGGAUGUACUUUGUUGAGCCCUAUUUAUGGAAUGCUGGCUUUUUUGUUAAACGUAGAUAUUCUCUAACAUGGUUUUUAUUGGAUGUUAUUGUUUAUGGUCUGAUAUUUGAUACAUGGUUCUAUUGGACACAUCGAGCAUUACAUGAAUCUACUUACCUAUGGGAUAAAAUUCAUGUUAUUCAUCAUGCAUUCAAAGCACCAUCGGCAUUUUGCCAAGAUGCUGUACAUCCGCUUGAAGGUUUAGUACAAGGGGCCAUGGGACAUUAUGUGGCACCCAUCUUCUUCCCAUUUCAUCCAAUUGCUUUGGCAUUCUUUGGCUUAUUUACAUCCUGUUUUGCGAUUGCCGCACAUGACGGUCGAAUGGGUGAUUUAAAUCAUCACUAUGCUCAUCAUUCAAAAGGUAAAGGGCGUUUACAUAAUUUCAAUUAUGGAUUAUAUUGGCCGUUAUGGGACUGGAUAUGUAAUACAAGAUAUCAUGAUGAAUCAGAAACAAAAUCCAUCAAAAAUUAA